AUGGAUGCGGCUGGUGCUCAAGAGGACUCGGGCACAAUUCCAUUACAGCUCGAUAUUGGCUACGUGGAUGUGCCACACGAUGCGUGCUUUUCCUGGCUGCAGCGCAAGUACGCCAACAUCAGGCCUGUAGUGGAUACGCCUUCUGCAGACUCGAAGGGAAAGCAACUGCGCAUUGACUCAGCCCUCUUGCAGCGCCUCGAGAACGACGUGGUGGCCUGCGAUGAGCUGCGUUGGCGGGCCUUUUCCUUCCCGUCGCACCCGAUUCAUUCUCUGAACGCCAGCUACCGGCAUGAUCCUGGCAGGAAUGCUGGCACGCCAGCCACAGCGGUCGAGAUGCAUGGCACAAAGCGCCAUUCCUCGAACCACACGGAGCACACUACAGACGGGGCGAAAGAGCCCUGCACUCUCGUCAUCCGCACCCGGGCGGAUAGUGAGGCAAAGAGGCGCGCCAAGAAGGGAAAGCGCAAGGCAAAGGAUAGCUCCGCGGCUUCUAUAGUGGCCACCAGCGGUGCCCCCACGCCAAAAGUGGAGGAUCUGCUGGAAAAUGCUCUCCGGAAGGAGAAGCAGGCAUACUGGUGCCGGGUUCUGGGCGAGGAAAACAUCGACCACGAGACUCCCAGCACGUCCGCCUGGGCAGACCGGUGGAUCCCACGCAGCUGGCGACCACUCCUGGGUGGCUAUGUGAGCGCGCCAAGCCGCAUCGAUCAGGCGCGCUUCUUAAUCUUUCCGCAGUCGGGACACCCCGUCGUGGAUACGCGUGACCCAAAGGCGCUCUCCAGCGCUCCUGGCAAGCCGCUGGAAAGCCCGCAGAGUGUGCCGUACUACGUGCGCGGCACCGCGAGCUGGGAGGUGGAAGAAAGCAACCCGGCUUCGGGAGCCACAGUGCCGGCCCGCGCAACUUGUGAUGAACCGAGCGAUGGAUCAGCGACGAGGGGAGGCCUGCACCACAGCCUCACCUAUGCGCGCAUUAACCCGACGACGGCACCAGAGCAUCGCAACUGGGCGGACACGGUGGAAGUCUCCGUCGCUCAUCAGCAGGCCCGCACGGAGCGUCAGUAUGCGCCUGAAAGGGCGAAGGUGCAGCGGGUGACGCUGCUGGAGGAUUCGGUCGCCGUCAAGACGAGCCAAGGCAACCCACGCCACAGCACCCUCAUUUCCGCGGCCCGCGCCACGGUGCUACACAGCGGCAUCAAGCACCAACGCGCGGUCUCCACCCCAUGCUCCACUUCAAAGAAGUAUUUCAAGAAGUCGACGGCGUCAACGGGCCCGGACGAUGCAUUACUCCAGCUGCGUGUCGAGGACGUCUACGACAGCAGUGUGCAGCACUUUGCGCUUCCCGGGAUCUGGCAGCGUUGGGUGCGGCCUGCUGCAGUCAGAGCCUUCGCGAGCGAGUCUGAUGGAGCGACUGGCUCGCACUCGCUCGACGAUGCGCCGCGCGGUCUCUAUCGCAUGCGCUGGUCAUGUGGGCCGGGAGUGGAGGUGUGUCAGGUCGGCGGGUGCGCAGACCGCGCAGAAUCGUCGAAGUCAGCCUCCGCGCAGUCAUCUCUCCUGACGAUCUUUGGCAAAUUGUGCUUGGAGUCGUGGGUGCAGGUGCCCCUGUCCUCACGGUGGACGCUGACGCUGCGCAACCAGUCUGCCGCGGUCGUGCCACUGGAGGCGUGUGCUGUUGCGGCCUCGCCAAAGGUGGCCACGGAGGGUACAGGUUCGGAACCGGCGGACACUGCUCCAUCCUCAGCUGACGCAAGCGGCUCUUGGAUGGAGCGAGUUUGCACGCACCCGUACUUCUGGGCGACUCAGGGGCCGCGGUGGGACGCCGCUCUCGUACGUGGCUUCAAGAACGACUACAACGGUCUCCAUCACGCACGGCGGUGGUACUCGCUGGUCUCAGCGGAACUGACGCUGAGUGGAGGGGUGCAGACGGGCAACAGCGCACGCGUGAAGAGGAGCCACAGCGCUGCUGCUCCGCCACCUCAAGAGAACGACACCACAGGUGGCGCCAGAGAGAACGGGGCGGGGAUGGAUGAAGGAAACGCGGAAGACUCGACGCCAACAGCUGGGAGCCGGUGGAGGGGCACCUCGCUAACAGCCUUCGCUAACGCCUGCAUGGUGGACAGCGUGCGCAACUACCCGCGCGCCUCCGUCGGCUUCUCCUUCGUCUCGCAGAUACCUCGUCUCGCCAUCACCCCCUUCAAUGAAAUUAUCCCUCGCAAGUUCGAGUGCUCGUUGAGCUGGUUCGCCGCCUACAAGCCCCGCGCUGUCGAGGCGGCGAGCGGCAAAGGCGUAAAUGGAAGCACCGGGUUCGGGCUGGAGCUGCAAAGCGGAUUCUCGAAGGCUGGCCCCUCUGUUGCUGAGCCGACAACGACGGCGGACGGCAUGCCGCUCCUGCGUGUGUCACCGGUGGAGACGUUCCAGCACCUGAAGUGCGGGCUGACCUGGCGCUUUGACGACUGA